UUUAUUUGCUAUUUUUCUUACUGUAAAUGCAGUUUCUUUUCAACUUAAUAAAAGAGCUACCACCUUCAACCAUUGUAAGGGUAUUCCUGAUUCUGAACUACUUACUGUGACAAUAAAUCCUGACCCACUUGCUAGUAACCAAUCCGCUCAAUAUAAUGUAUCCGGGACAUUAACUAAAUAUAAUAUCACCGCAAGUCAAACUUUUCUUGGAAUUUUUCUUCAAAAAGGACCAUACCUUAUAAGUGACGGAUACAAUCAAGCAUUCGACAAAUCAUAUAAUGCUGGAAUCGCAUUUACGAUAUUUGCAUCAAAUGUUUCUGUUCCUACUUUACCUGAUUCAUAUUCUAUUUUUGUUCUUGUUGGAGUUCCAGCUUCAGCCAACUCAGCCAACUCAGCUAUUUAUGGUUGUGCGCAGGCUCUUGUUGGUUCUGUAUAG